AUGCCUGAAGGUCGAGACUUGCAUGUAUCUCCAGAAAUUGCUGGAUGGGAGUUUGUAUUGGGGGUCUGUGAUACACGUUUAGUUGGUGACAACGAUGAAAACUUUAUGGUCAGAGAGUGGAGCCUCAGAGAAGCAAAAGUUGCGGAUCUUGAGCAUCUCCCGCCUGAAGUACUCCUUGAUGGGAACCAAGUAUGGGCCUCUUUACCUGUUAUCGAACUGAGGAAUGAGGUGAUAACACCGAUGUCUACGUAG